AUGAACCUCGCUUCUCCAGUUAAGAGUAGUGCUAACCAAGAGUUUAAGUUGAUUUGUUUUCAAAAAACGUAUUUAAUUUUCAUGACCAUGCUGUUUCUUAAGCCACUUGUUUGGCUUCUGUUUCUUUGUCACCUCGGGGAGUCUAAGAGAAGAAAUGUACUUCUGAUUAUUGCUGAUGAUGCUGGCUUUGAGACCGAGGUGUACAACAACUCUGUGGUCCACACCCCUCACCUGAGUUCUCUGGCAGAGCACAGCGUUGUGUUCAACAACGCUUUCACCUCUGUCAGCAGCUGUUCCCCCAGCCGCUCCACCAUCCUCAGUGGCCUGCCACAGCACCAGAAUGGCAUGUAUGGUCUUCACCAGGGGGUCCAUCAUUUUAACUCUUUUGAUGGUGUCCAAAGUCUGCCGCUUCUUCUCAACCAAGCUAACAUCUACACAGGUAUAAUAGGGAAAAAGCAUGUUGGUCCCGGGUCCGUAUAUCCUUUUGACUUUGCGUACACGGAGGAAAACAACUCCGUCCUCCAGGUCGGGAGGAACAUCACCCGUAUCAAACUUCUUGUCCGAAAGUUUUUCCAGACACAUAAAGACGAGGCUUUUGAAAGAAAACAAAAGGCAAAAGAAAGGACGGUCAACAAUUUGAAAGAUGAAGAAAGGCCGUUUUUCCUCUAUGUUGCCUUCCACGACACCCACCGCUGUGGACACUCUCAGCCCCAAUAUGGUGCUUUCUGUGAAAAGUUUGGGAAUGGCCAGACAGGAAUGGGCACAAUUCCAGAUUGGAUGCCACAAUAUUACACACCGGAGCAAGUUAAGGUUCCCCCUUUUGUACCAGACACACCAGCAGCACGGGCUGACUUAGCUGCAUUGUAUACUACAGUUAGCCGACUGGACCAAGGUAUCGGAUUGGUCCUUCAGGAGCUCAGGAACGCUGGUUAUGAGAAUGAUACGCUGAUCAUCUACAGCUCCGAUAACGGUAUUCCCUUCCCCAAUGGCAGAACCAACCUGUAUCACUCUGGCACAGCCGAACCCAUGCUGGUGUCCUCCCCAGAGCACAGGGAGCGAUGGGGAGACACUAGUCAGGCCUACGUCAGCCUAUUAGACAUCACUCCUACCAUCCUGGACUGGUUUUCUAUUCCCUACCCAUCAUACAGCCUCCCCGGUAACAACGCUGUCCCAGUCCACCUUACUGGUCGCUCUUUGCUUCCUGUCCUGGUCUCUGAACCCAGCAGCUGGCACACAGUUUACGCCAGCCAAUCACUGCAUGAGGUCACUAUGUACUACCCGACCCGUAGUGUCCACCAGGGGGCAUACCGCCUCCUCCACAACCUCCACUACCGCAUGCCAUUUCCUAUCGACCAGGACCUGUACGUUUCAGCCACCUUUCAGGACCUGCUGAACCGCACCAGGCUGAGUGAGCCCACCCACUGGUUCAAGAGCCUGCAGCAAUAUUACUACAGAGAUCGCUGGGAGCUGUAUGAUACUAGAAGAGACCCUCUGGAAACCAAGAACCUGGCAUCAGACCCGUCAUACAAUGCAAUACUGGAGAGCCUGAGGCAGACUCUCCAGAAAUGGCAAUGGGAGACAGGGGACCCUUGGGUGUGUGGGGCAGACUAUGUGCUGGAGGACAAGCUGGAGCCACAGUGCAGACCACUUUACAAUGGACUUUAA